GAUGCACCCGGCACGCCAGCAGUUGCGCAUGCGUUCGUGUAUCAAAACAGAAUGAAGAUUGCCGCAUGAGGAUAUCGGAGUAAAACAAUGCCUUUUGUUAUGUGCAGUUUCCUCGGUGUUACCUCCCUGUGACAGCUCGGUAUUUGUUGGGCAGUGUUAACGGAACCAUGUCGGCCUCAGACGGGACAGCAGACUGCCCUCAGGACAUGGACGGGAUCUGCGUGAUGCCUGAUUUAAGUACCAUUAAGACUGAACCUUCAGUAGGCGGAAGCCCAGACGACACAAACACUCAAAAUGUGGCCAUGGGCAUCAAAUUUAUUCUGCCAAACCGCUUUGACAUGAACGUGUGUUCAAGAUUUGUUAAGUCUUUGAAUGAAGAGGACAGCAAGAACAUCCAGGACCAGGUCAACUCUGAUCUGGAGGUGGCUUCUGUUUUAUUCAAAGCUGAGUGUAACAUCCAGACCUCUCCUUCUCCUGGCAUUCAAGUCCGUCAUGUUUACACUCCUUCCACAACCAAACAUUUCUCCCCCAUCAAGCAGUCCACCACACUCACCAACAAACACAGAGGCAACGAGGUUUCUUCUACGCCUCUUCUUGUUCAUUCUCUGUCCAUCCAUCAGCUAGCAGCCCAAGGGGAAAUGGUGUUUCUAGCCAGCAGGAUUGAACAAGAGACUGUGAUCAAUCUCCAAGACGAGGAAGGCUUCACUCCUCUGAUGUGGGCCGCUGCACACGGACAGAUCGCUGUCGUCGAGUUUCUGCUUCAGAAUGGUGCUGACCCAAACCUCCUGGCUAAAGGAAGAGAGAGUGCGUUGUCUCUGGCCUGCAGUAAAGGAUACACUGAUAUAGUGAAGAUGCUCAUUGACUGUGGGGUUGAUGUAAAUGAAUAUGACUGGAACGGAGGAGCUCCUCUGCUGUACGCUGUCCAUGGGAAUCAUGUGCGCUGUGUUGAGAUCUUGUUAGAGAGUGGAGCUGAUCCUACCAUUGAGUCGGACUCUGGGUUCAAUGCCAUGGACAUGGCUGUGGCGAUGGGCCACCGGAACGUCCAACAAGUGAUGGAGGCUCACCUUCUGAAGUUACUGAUGGGAAUCAGAGAAUAAGCUGAUAUCAGGAAAACCUCCAGAGAGACCGAGCUCUGGACAAUCAUGUAGCACGAUGAGGCUGUCGACAACAGGAAGAGUUUGGUCCUUUAAAGCGAAGCGUCAUGUUAGCAUUGUUCUGUUGGAUUGAGGCGGUUUUUCUGUAGAAAAUUUCAAUUGUAACCAAUUUCAUGCCAUUUUUACCUUGAAUGUGGAUUGAAAAAGCUGCAGUGCUAAAAAGGCACCAGUGCAGGGUUGAUUUACGCUCACCAGGCAUGGAUGUUUGAGUUGAGGUAAUUUUUUAAUCGAGUACCACAUUUCAACGCCACGGUUGGCUGUGUCAUAGUUCUUCUGUCAUUGGAAGUGUUUUUAAACUAACUUAUUAACCAUGAUGAUAAAAGACUGUUUUUAAUUGUAUAAUAAAUAAUACUGUGGAAUAAAAGCCCUCACUGUUCGGUCUUUACUGUGAGCAGAGACUCGACUAAAGGCCUCAGUGAAUGAAUUUAAAAUAUGUUGUAACUGAUUUUUGUGCUUUUAAAAUGCUGCCAAGCUGUCUGUUGGUCCUGAGGAUUUUUGUGUUGGUUGUAUUUAGUUUAUUUAUUUUGACGUUUUCCUGUGAUGUGAUAAUUCUCUCUUAUUGAGGUUCUGUUUGUAUUGUGAUACUGUCCUCUGGCGUGUUGUGAAUUUUUAACGACCUCAAACCUUUUAAAUGUCUGUUUACCUCUGAAUGAAGGUCAUUGUGUUUUAUACCAUAAUUCAUAACUUGUACUGACCUCUGCAUCAGUCAUCACUCUGUACAGACUGUACAUCAGAGAGGUCAAAGCGCUAUUUAUAGUUGUGAAAUGAAGCUGUUAUUUAAUAAAGAAUGAUUUAAAAGCUG